AUGUCGAAAAAGCCUGCUCCACAGCCUGCCCUGCAUAAGGUUAUUAUGGUUGGUAGCGGAGGAGUUGGAAAAUCAGCUUUAACCCUUCAAUUUAUGUAUGAUGAGUUUGUGGAAGAUUAUGAACCAACUAAAGCAGAUUCUUACAGAAAAAAGGUUGUGCUUGAUGGAGAAGAAGUACAGAUAGAUAUUCUUGAUACUGCAGGUCAAGAAGAUUAUGCUGCUAUCAGGGAUAACUAUUUUCGAAGUGGAGAAGGAUUUCUUUGUGUUUUCUCAAUCACAGAAGAAGAAAGUUUUCAGGCAACACAAGAUUUCAGAGAGCAGAUUCUACGAGUGAAAAAUGAUGAAAAUAUUCCCUUUCUCCUUGUUGGAAAUAAAGGAGAUUUGGAUGAAAAAAGAAAAGUUACAUUAGCUGAAGCUCAAGGGAGAGCCCAGGAUUGGGGUGUUCCUUAUGUUGAAACCUCUGCCAAAACUAGGGAGAAUGUUGACAAGGUUUUUUUUGAUUUGAUGAGAGAGAUUCGUUCAAGGAAGAUGGAAGACAAUAAAAUGAGUAAUGGUCGUGGAAAAGAUAGAUGUAAAAGAAAGAAACUUAAAUGUACAAUUUUGUAA